UCUAACUGAGCGCGUGAGGGGGUUAGUUGCGCGCGCAUCGUGCGUGGCGGCGGGGGCUGGUUGCCUCGAGGGUUUUCUGGCCAUUUCGCCUCCUGAUCUUCAGGCGAGCAGACGUGCCUCCUUUGCUGUCCUGCGCCUUCCUACCAUGAAGCACCUGCCCUACUUCUGCCGGGGGGAGGUGGUCAGGGGCUUCGGCCGGGGCUCCAAGGAGCUGGGCAUCCCCACCGCUAACUUUUCUGAGGAGGUGGUUGAUAGCUUCCCAUCUGAUAUCGCUACUGGCAUUUACUAUGGAUGGGCGUGUGUUGGAAAUGGAGAUGUUCAUAAAAUGGUAUUGAGUAUAGGCUGGAAUCCAUAUUACAAGAAUGUUAAGAAAUCUGUGGAAACACACAUCAUUCACACAUUCAAUGAAGACUUCUAUGGAGAAAUACUUAGUAUAAUCAUUGUUGGAUAUAUACGACCAGAAAAAAACUUUGAUUCUUUAGAUGCACUCAUAGCAGCUAUUAAAGGUGACAUUGAAGAAGCUGAGAAAACCCUAGAAUUGCCAGAACAUCAGAAACUAAAAGAUCACAACUUUUUUCAGAUGAAUAAUGUUAACAGUGUGGCUAAUGGCCAUUGAGUGAUGUCAAUACUUCAAUUUUUACCUGCUGUUAAAAUUGCACUGACAUUUUA